AUGAUGCCGGGCGUCGUCGAGGUGCCGGCGGCGCCGCAAUUUCGUCGCGAGUUCAACGUUGGACAACAGAAGGUGCAUCUUGAGAUCGAUUUCGCGAACAAAAGCCUGAGGGGAAGCACGGAUAUUACGAUCUACCCAAGCCGUCUGGACCUACGCUCGGUCCAUCUCAACUUUCGACAAGGCGAGAUCAAGCGGCUCACGGUCAACAACAAACCAGCGACGUUGAAAUACGUUGACCCUUACGACGGUCUUCACCUAUACGGGCCUCACUAUCACGAGCGCUUAACGCGCAAAGUCGACGGGUUACUGAAGAUUCCACCGGAUCCUCAGAUCGAGAUUUCCAUUCCCAAGAAUGUCCACAUCCGAGAAUUGGAUGCGAGAUCUACCGAGGCCCGUGAACGAAUUGCGCUACAGAGUACAGGAGAUGAUGUUGAUGGGCCUUCAGGGAGCAAGGCCCCGGAUAGCAACCUGCCGCAGUUUUCAGCCCUUACUCUGCACAUUGAGUUUGUGAUUGAACGAAUUCGUGAUGGGCUGCAAUUCGUGGGCGUCGACAGUGGAGAUCGCCGUUAUCCCCAUGCCUACACGACAAACUCUCAGGAGUCAAGCGUCGGAUGUCCCCUCUUCCCAUGUGUGGACGAUCCCUCGUCUCGCUGUGCCUGGGAGAUUUCAAUCUCGUGUCCCGCUUCCCUUGGCGACCUGUUUGACCGCAAGGGCGCUAGCUCUGUGUCGCGGACAAAGGCCAACAGUCGAUACAUUUCCGCCGACGAUGGGGCUUUGGACAUGUCUGUCGUAUGUUCGGGUGAACUGACAGACGACAUUACGGAUCCCAAAGACUCCACGCGAAAGACUGUGUCUUUUGCAUGUUACACACCACUCUCGGCGCGACAAAUUGGAUUCGCAGUCGGUCCCUUCGAAUACGUCAACCUUGCAGAUUUCCGUGAAAGUGAUCAAGAUGAGCAGCUGGGUCAAAACGCCAUCCCGGUCCAUGCAUUUUGCCUUCCCGGUCGAGCUGAUGAAGUGCAAAAUACCGGGUUCCCUAUGGCCCAGGCUAUCGAUUUCUUCUCGCUGUCCUAUGGUUCAUACCCUUUUUCCAGCUACAAGAUGUGUUUUGUGGAUGAUGUGGCAACCGAAACACUCCCGUCCGCUGGAAUGAGCAUCUGCAGCAGCCAUUUGCUGUUUCCCAGUGACAUUAUCGACCCAAUGUACGAUGCAACACGCUGUCUCGUACAUGCCCUGGCUUGCCAAUGGAGUGGUAUCAACAUCAUACCAUGCGAACCCGCGGAUACGUGGGUGACUGUUGGAGUCGCGUGGUUCAUCACUGAUACCUUCAUGAAGAAAUUAUGUGGAACCAACGAGUAUCGUUACAGACUGAAACAGAUGUCUGACCGAAUAUGCGACCUGGACUAUGAGCGUCCGUCGAUCUACGAUAUGGGCAAUUUCUUGAAGAUUGACCCAUCAGAGUACCAAUUCAUUGCCCUUAAAGCCCCGCUGGUGCUUUUCAUUCUUGAUCGUCGACUUACAAAAGCAAGCGGCAAGGCAACAAUGUCUCGCAUCAUCUCUCGGCUCUUUCUCAACUCUCGCAUGGGUGAUAUUCCUAACAGUGCCGUGACGUCUGCCAUGUUCCAAAGGCUAUGCGAGCGAUUCGGUCACGCGAAGCUGGACAUAUUUUUCAGCCAAUGGGUGUAUGGCGCAGGCUGUCCACGUUUUCAAGCUACGCAACGUUUCAAUAAGAAAAAGUUGGUCGUUGAAAUGAUGAUUCGUCAGGUUCAAUCCGACCAAACUGCCGCCCGCGAUCUUGACAAGGAUGCGUUCCUCCGUGAUGUCAAGGAGGAGAUUCGUCAUGUGUACGCUGGGCCUAUUCAGCCUGUCUUCACUGGCUCCAUGACCAUUAGAAUUCACGAAGCUGACGGAACCCCAUAUGAGCACAUCGUCGAGAUCAAAGAGGGCGUCACGAAAUUCGAUAUCCCGUACAAUACCAAAUACAAGCGCCUCAAACGCAACAAAAAGCAGCGGGAGCGUGCGGUGGCGGCGGGUGACGCAGAAACACAAGAAGAAGUUCUUUUGUACUGCCUCGGCGACGUACUCCAGACAGAAGAAGAAACUCAAGCUUGGCGUCUGGCCGAUUGGACAAAAGAGGACGAGGAGCGUAUGGGGCAAGAGUCAUACGAGUGGAUUCGCAUGGACGCGGACUUUGAAUGGAUUUGCAAAUUGUCUCUGGGCAUGCCAGGCUACAUGUAUCUGUCCCAGCUCCAGCAAGACAGAGAUGUUGUCGCUCAGCUUGAGUCUCUCCAGUACAUGGCAGCACAGCGGGAGCACCCUUUGAUCUCUACCAUUUUCGCCCGUACCCUGAUGGAUAGCCGUUACUUCCACGGAAUUCGCGUUACUGCAGCAAAGGCGCUUGUCAAACAUGCCAAGGACGAGGUCGACUGGAUCGGAUUGCAUCACUUGGAAAAAGCGUUCCAAGAGCUAUUCUGCUUACCUGGAUCACCGAUGACGCGCUCCAAUGACUUCUCUAAUCGCGCAGCCUACAUCUUACAGCAGGUCAUACCUGACGUGAUUUCUCAAGUUCGUGACAACAGCGGCAAAACGCCCCUUCGAGUCAAGCGCUUUCUAUUCGACAAGUUGAAGUUUAAUGACAACUCGAAUAAUGAGUUUUCCGAUAACUAUUAUGUCUCUUCUCUCAUGCACUCACUCUGUCAUGCCCUUCUCGGGAGGACCGAGUCUCGACCCGAAGACGAGCUAUCUCAUUUUGAUAUGGAGCGCGUCAUCGAGGCACAAGCCGAAGAGCAGCUGGAAAAGGAUGCGAUCGCCGAAUUUGACCGCUACAGACGGAUGGAUGAAUGGUCAAGUUCAUUCCAGAAUUUGUACUCUCGCGCAGCGCUGCAGUGCCAAUUACGGCUGAUGAAAGCGAACGUCCUUGAAGUGGACCUGAUGCGCUUUGUUUCAUACACACGUUCAGGGACGUUCGACCUGCUUCGCGUGCAGGCUUUUGAGUGCCUUGUCGAGCUCGACAUUGCCCAGCACCCUGAAUUACUUCGCUGGUUGAUGUACACCAUGACAAGCGACUCAUCUGCCUACAUUCGUCACCAUUGUCAACGACUCUUUGGGCGAGCCUUGGCCCAGUUAGCCUUUGGGACAACUCAACCCGUUCAAACGGUUCAAACUGGAGGCUUGAUCAUCGAGCAAGAAUCAUCAACCGAGGUCCGUCAAGCUGAUCUGGCGCGCCGACAAACAGUGCCUGGUGCCAUCGAGGCUCUGAAACGAGAACUCGCCACCGAGCCGUCCCUACGCGAAUAUAUGUGGGCCGCAUGCAACUCAGCCAAUCUUGGCAUCCUGGAGCUAUCAGAGCUCACAGACGUCUGUAGUGUUCUCUUCGAAUCGAUCACGUCCAAAAUGGUCAAAUUGAGGUACCCUCGCUUCUGGAAGGUUCAGAACAUGGGACGUGGCCAGCUCCGAUUCUACAGGUCGAGCGAGUUCCGAACGAGCCUUGGUUCUUCGAAAGAUGGCGCCAAGCGCAAGCGCGAUGAGCAGGGUAUGCAGCCCCCUGCUCCGCGCAUCACCUUUAAACACUCAAAGACAGCUCUGACCCCGAGCACUCCAUCUACUCCCUCGGCUCUGCCAAAGAUCUCGAUCCCGAACACUCUCCCUCGCCCAGCUACAACUACGCCAAUGUCUGCCACUCCGUCAACGCCAGCCGGUGGCGGAGGGCUGAAAUUGAAGCUCAAAUUUGGACAAAAGAAAUAG